CUAACCAGCUUGGCGUCCUAGGACUAGCAAAGGAGCACUGCGCUGGAGUCAGCGCGACCCCCAACUCAGCCACGGAGCCCGAUGCAAGCUCGCAGUCAUUUCAAAGAUUCAUUGAGCGCCAAGUCCUUGCCAUUCCUAGGCAUGCAAUCCCGGAAAGCCAGGCACACAGUAGGUGUUCAAUGAAUGCUUAAGGUUACUCAGCGGUCGUUAUGACCUCCCGGUUACGCGCGUUGGGUGGAAGAAUUAAUAAUAUACGAACCUCCGAAUUACCCAAAGAGAAAACCCGAUCCGAGGUCAUUUGCAGCAUACGGUUUUUAGAUGGCUUGGUACAGACCUUUAAAGUUAAUAAACAAGAUUUGGGCCAGUCGCUUUUGGACUUGGCAUAUGGCCACCUGGGUGUGACAGAGAAGGAGUACUUUGGCUUGCAACAUGGCGAUGACCCAGUGGACUCCCCUAGAUGGCUUGAGGCGAGCAAACCCCUCAGGAAGCAGCUGAAAGGAGGUCUCCCCUGUACCCUGCAUUUUCGAGUAAGAUAUUUUAUACCUGAUCCCAACACACUGCAGCAGGAACAAACCAGGCAUUUGUAUUUCUUACAACUGAAGAUGGAUGUUUGCGAAGGAAGGUUAACGUGCCCUCUCAACUCAGCGGUGGUCCUAGCCUCCUAUGCUGUGCAGUCUCAUUUUGGAGACUUUAAUUCUUCCGUACAUCACCCAGGCUAUCUUGCCGACAGCCAGUUCAUACCAGAUCAAAAUGAUGACUUUUUAAGCAAAGUGGAGUCGCUCCAUGAACAGCACAGUGGGCUAAAGCAGUCAGAAGCGGAAUCUUGCUAUAUCAACAUAGCCCGGACCCUUGACUUCUACGGAGUGGAGCUUCACGGAGGCAGAGAUCUGCACAAUUUAGAUCUAAUGAUCGGAAUUGCUUCUGCGGGCAUUGCAGUAUACCGAAAAUACAUUUGCACAAGUUUCUACCCUUGGGUGAACAUACUCAAAAUUUCUUUCAAAAGGAAAAAGUUCUUCAUACACCAGCGCCAAAAACAGGCUGAAUCCAGGGAACAUAUCGUGGCCUUCAACAUGCUAAAUUACCGAUCUUGCAAAAACUUGUGGAAAUCCUGCGUCGAGCACCAUUCAUUCUUUCAAGCAAAGAAGUUACUACCUCAGGAAAAGAAUGUUCUGUCUCAGUACUGGACUCUAGGCUCCAGGAACCCCAAAAAGUCUGUAAAUAACCAAUAUUGCAAAAAAGUGAUUGGAGGGAUGGUGUGGAACCCAGCCAUGAGGAGGUCCUUAUCGGUGGAACGACUAGAAACCAAGAGCCUGCCUUCUCGGUCCCCACCCAUCACCCCCAACUGGCGAAGUCCCCGGCUACGGCACGAAAUCCGAAAGCCCCGCCACUCCUCUGCAGACAACCUGGCCAAUGAGAUGACCUACAUCACGGAAACAGAAGAUGUGUUCUAUACCUACAAGGGAUCCCUGUCCCCAAAAGACAGUGAUUCCGAAGUUUCCCAGAACCACAGCCCACACCGAGAGAGUUUGUCUGAAAACAAGCCAACACAAAGCUGCCUGACCCGGAAGUCAUCCAGUUCUGUGUCGCCGUCUUCGAAUGCUCCGGGCUCCUGCUCCCCAGACGGAGUUGACCAACAGUUCUUAGAAGACUAUCACAAGAUGAUCAAAGGGGGCUCUGUCGAGGAUGCCAGCCAGUACUACUGUGACAAGAAUGACGAAGGUGAUGGCUACCUUGUCCUGAUCCGUAUCACCCCAGAUGAAGAUGGAAGAUUUGGAUUUAAUCUUAAGGGAGGAGUGGAUCAAAAGAUGCCUCUUGUGGUCUCUAGGAUAAACCCAGAGUCGCCUGCGGACACCUGUAUGCCUAAGCUGAAUGAAGGGGAUCAGAUCGUGUUGAUCAAUGGCCGGGACAUCUCAGAGCACACUCAUGACCAGGUGGUGAUGUUCAUCAAAGCAAGCCGGGAGUCCCACUCGAGAGAACUGGCCCUGGUGAUCAGGAGGAAAGCUGUGCGCUCACUGGCGGAGAUCAGAUCAGAAGAUGAGCUGAGUCAGCUUUUCCCAGAAGCCAUGUUUCCUGUCUGUCCUGAGGGUGGGGACAGUCUAGAGGGAUCCAUGGAACUACUAAAGAAAGGUCUGGAAAGUGGUACAGUGCUGAUCCAGUUUGAGCAACUCUACAGAAAGAAGCCAGGCUUAGCUGUUACAUUUGCAAAGCUGCCUCAGAAUUUGGAUAAAAACCGAUACAAAGAUGUGCUGCCUUAUGACACCACCCGGGUAUUAUUGCAGGGAGACGAAGAUUAUAUUAACGCGAGUUAUGUGGACAUGGAGAUUCCGGCAGCUAACCUUGUGAACAAGUACAUUGCGGCUCAGGGACCCCUGCCACACACCUGUGCACAGUUUUGGCAAGUUGUCUGGGAUCAGAAGUUGUCUCUUGUGGUUAUGCUGACAACUCUCACAGAGCGAGGCCGGACCAAGUGUCACCAGUACUGGCCGGAUCCCCCUGACGUCAUGGACCACGGCGUCUUUCACAUCCAAUGUCAGGCAGAGGACUGUACCAUCGCUUAUGUGUCCCGAGAAAUGCUAGUUACAAACACUGAGACUGGGGAAGAGCACACAGUGACCCAUCUCCAGUACGUUGCGUGGCCUGACCACGGCGUGCCUGAUGACUCCUCAGACUUCUUGGAGUUUGUGAAGUACGUGAGGUCCCUGAGGGUAGACGGUGAGCCUGCCCUAGUUCACUGCAGUGCUGGAAUAGGGCGGACAGGCGUGUUGGUCACUAUGGAAACAGCCAUGUGCUUAAUUGAGAGGAACCUGCCCGUUUAUCCACUAGACAUUGUCCGAAAAAUGAGAGACCAGCGGGCCAUGAUGGUGCAGACAUCAAGCCAAUACAAGUUUGUAUGUGAAGCGAUUCUUCGAGUGUAUGAGGAAGGCUUAAUCCAGAAGCUGGAUCCCAGUUAGGACAACUGUGAAGCGUUCAUUCCUCAUUCCCCUGAAGGCCCCCAGAGAUGCUGGUCACUGUGGGAAGGGAUGAGCUUAUUUGAACCUAGGCACUUUAAAUUUAAAUUUCUGUGGAAAAGGUAUCCUGUACAUAGGAACUGCUGAUGUAGAUAUGCAUGCCGCUAUGACGUCUUUGGGCCCAGAGAGAUAAGCAACAGGGAUCUCCAACUGGGAACUGUGUUUCUCCCUCAGUAUCGCCACCCCGUCAGCCAUCUUCCGGCAAUGAGAAGGGGAUGCCAGCUGCACUGUUGACACUCCUCCCUCCAGAAGCCAGACAGUGUGGCUACUUGUGGUUGCUCAGGUGUUUUGUGUGUUGAUCUGUGCGGGACUGACUCCAAGGGCUGAACUUCCUUGGCAAUUGAUAUCCAUUUCCCCUGACGCCAGGGAAAACUCAGAUGAAUGUACCGCAGGCAGGGCACAAGGGACUUCAGGCUGGAGGAUGAACAGGGUCUAUUCUGCCCUCCCUCCCUCUGCCUCUACUCCAUCCCUUCUGCACUCGUGUUCCAAAGCACCCACUUCCCCACCCCCGAGUUCCUCUCUUCAGGAUCACAGCCAGUGCCUGAACCUGUUUCAUAAUGUAUGUUCAGGUGACUUCUCAGCUGAGGCUGGGAACCAGACUCCACGCUGCGUAAUGCUGAGUCUUAGCUUUAGAAGCAGCCGAGCCUCUGCUCACCCCUUACUGUAUACUCAGCCACCAUGACUGGAAUCACCGACUACUGAAUCUCUAUGUGGAUUGCUGCUACUUCAAGCUCUCACACUUGAAACAAGACAAUUUUCCUGUGGGUUGGGGGGGGGGGUAUCAUGUGGUAGCAUCCAAAUAUUCAGAAUUUUGAACCCUUCUGAGAAAAGACCUUCUAGUAAGUGACCAUAAGAAACACCGCUUCUCGAAGGUGUCCUGUGUGUGUGUGUGUGUGUGUGUGUGUGUGUGUGUGUGUGUGUGUGUGUGAUGGGUGACUCUCUCAGGAUUCCUAACUUGAUUCAAAUUACUGUUGAGUUUAUGUAAAGAAUGAGCCUCUGUACAGGACAGAUGUGUGCAUUCACCCUUGGUUACAGUGGUCUCCAUUUCAUUUCAGAGGCGAGAAUCAGACUAUCUAGAUAUACACACAAUUUGAUGUUAAUUUAUUCAAAGUACUCUGGGAUUUUGAUUGUCCUCAAGAAUUCUGCUCUGUGAAUACCAUGGGGAAAAAAAAUUUUUUUUAAUUUGUGGCAGGAUUGUAGCGAAUUAUUAUUUAAGGAAAAAUAAAUUACAUGAAUGCUUUAAGGUGGUAUUUUUAAAUAGCAGUUUUUGUGUAUCUAGAAAAGUGUUAGCAGGUUUCUUAGUGGUGCUUAUGGGAGAAGGGCACUCCGUGUUGUCAUGUAAGUAGGUGAAGCUACAUCAAUACUUAGCAGGCACUGAAGCAGUUAAAGCAUUUCCUAAUUACAAGAUGGGUAAGGACUUGUGCAGAAGAGCCCAGGUUUCCCAGCAAUCUUUAUCUGUAGGUUCAGCAUAUCCAUCCAUUUCCCUCCUGCCCAUCUUUUACCCACACACAUCUUACUGCUCAAUGAUGUGAAUGGGAGAGUACAAUGCCCAGUGCCCUGUGUAAUGAAAAACUAAAAUGGUUCUCCAGACCACUCAAUACCAAGUAGCCCUCAGCCUAGGAACCUGGGAUCUGUGACUGUAUUUCUUUCUGUAUAAAAUAAAGAGAAACAACAGUUGGAACUUGAAAGCAAAAUGAGAUCAUUCUAUAGAAGUGAAUUUCCCACCACUAGAAUAUGUAAACCAAAGCUACCGAAGACCUAGGGAGGUUGACUUCUUUGUGGUUGGCCCCAAAUUGCACCAAAAAUAUGGAGCCCACUGGGUUUUCCUAGCCUAGUGUCCCAGAGGGCAAAAGCCCAGAAGAUGGAGGACUGGUACCUUUAUUCAACCUGGAUUCUGAGAACGCCCUCCACAAAGAACCAAAAAGAGGAGUAGCAAAGAACAUUGGGUGCAUUUCAGGGGUAUCAGGCUGCUUUGCAAAUUAUCGUUUUGUCGAAAUGUUUGUCACCACCUUGUGUGCAAAGCACUUUCAAUGUCUAAAUGUCCUUGGAGAUUGUUUUAUUAUUUUCUAAAAACAAGCUGUUGAGUGUGGUCAUGAAAAUGCUGCUGUUACACUUACAUAAUAUUCCGUGAAGCUUGAAAAGGCUGCAGCUGGCCUCUCUGCCAUUGUGUGGGGCCAGCAGUUCAGACACAACAGAUGUUGCCAGCAGCAAAGUCCAUGGAAUCCUGGGAAGGAUGACAAGAAGAUAAUCUCAAGGAGCAGAACACCCGAGUAAACAGAGACAACAUCACCAAUUACAAACCAAAGCUCUGAGCUCCUGUUUCCCUGCAUCCCACACUCCCACGGUUGCUCUUAAGAAACCAUGUUUCAUCCUAAGAACUGCAUCAGAAUCAGGCUAAAUAUUUUGCCUGGGAAAUUUGGCUGGAUAUGAAUGAAGAAGAUAUUUAUAGCCUACAUUCUAGCACCUUCCAGAAGAUCAGAGUAGACACCCCAAUCUGCUGCCUUCAUCCAGAUGGGUCCCCUGUUAACAUCACUCAAGAACCCACACAUGGUGAAAAAAAUUAAGUUUGUUUAGGGGUAGGGAGACAGGAUAGAUGGAUCUCAAACUUGUAGCCGUAUUUUUAGCUUCCUCCCACGGUCAUUGUUAUCUAAAUAAGCUUUGAGACCAGUGUAGAGUCUCUCACAGCUGUGUUCCUGAUUGAUCCACUCCCACCCCCAUCCUUAAACUUUUUCAUUUGGGGGCAGUAAGUGGCCUCUUCAUCCUCCCAAGGCAACCAAGACAUUAUACACAGGGAAAAACUGUAAGAGCCAUGACCUAGUCCAGUCCUAGGCUUAUGGAGAUGCUUUACCCUCAGCCCUUAGUUGUGUGUUUGUGUGUUUGCUUUUGUUGAAAGGGACUGAUGAUCAGGUGGAGUAGAUGAGCUCACAGUUAGAUUUCAGGGAAGCAAUUUAACUGUAACCAAAUCUGAAGAGCAUACUCCAUUUCUGUGACUUGUCCCCAAGAGGUUGUCUCAGCCCUUGUCACUGUGGAAUUACGAAGAUAAAGAUUGCCACCCUCUUGGUUCUUGCCUGUCAUCCUAGAGUAGACCUAUUAAAGAUGGCAAAGCCCUGGUGAUCUUGAGACUGAUACUAGCUAUGCCACUAUCUUGAGCAUCCUCAUACCACUGGAGCAACCAAAGGAUUGUGCUAAGCCAUGUUUUGUAAAGUAUCUUAGUCAAUCAGCAAUAUGUUUUUCUGUAAAUUUGGAAUGUUUUUCAUUCUGACUUAUUGUCGGGGACUCUACUGAAAAACAGUUUGGUUAAUAUAAAAGCAUUCAGGCUAUGCAACUCUA